CGCGAGCUGGACUGCCGCAGCGAGCUGAUUGAUGACAAAGAAUUCGACAUUCCUCAAGUUGAUACCCCUCCAACACUGGAGAGCAUCUUAAAUGAGACUGAUGAUGAAGAAGAGUCUUUCAUUUUGGAGGAUCCCUUUCUCUUGAAUAUUGAUAACACGGAUACACACUCCUAUGACACAUCUUCUGUAGCAAGCUCUGACAGUGGGGACCGGACACACCUGAAAAGGAAGAAAAAGCUCCCAGAUACUCUCUCACUCCAUGGAUCAGUUAUACGGCUCUCACUUCUGAAAGGAAUUUCUGCCCAAAUAGUAUCUGCAGCAGACAAAGUGGAUGCUGGCUUACCCACUGCAAUUGCAGCAUCAAAUCUGAUCGCAGUGGGGACUUCCCAUGGGUUAGCACUCAUCUUUGAUCAAAACCAGGCUCUUCGGCUGUGUCUGGGCAGCACUGCUGUUGGGGCCCAGUAUGGGGCUAUCUCUGCUCUCAGUAUCAACAAUGACUGUUCGAGGCUCCUGUGUGGCUUUGCAAAAGGACAGAUCACAAUGUGGGAUCUGGCCAGUGGGAAGCUUCUACGAUCAAUAACAGAUGCCCACCCCCCAGGAACAGCUAUUUUGCACAUCAAGUUUACAGAUGACCCAACGCUUGCAAUUUGCAAUGACAGCGGAGGCUCCGUAUUUGAACUGUCAUUUAAGAGGGUUAUGGGAGUGAGAACAUGUGAAUCUCGAUGUCUCUUCAGUGGCUCGAAGGGGGAAGUUUGCUGUAUUGAACCAUUACACGCAAAAGUUGAGCUGAGAGACCAUCCUAUCACCCAAUAUUCACUGCUAGCCAUGGCCUCCCUGACAAAGAUACUGGUUAUUGGCCUGAAACCGUCUCUGAAGGUGUGGAUGACCUUUCCCUAUGGUCGUAUGGACCCUUCUAGUGUCCCUCUUUUGGCAUGGCACUUUGUGGCUGUACAGAACUCUGUGAACCCCAUGCUUGCAUUUUGUCGAGGAGAUGUUGUUCACUUUCUUCUGGUGAAGAGAGACGAUACCGGUGCAAUACAUGUCACAAAGCAGAGGCAGCUUCAUCUACACUACGACCUCAUCAACUUUACUUGGAUAAACUCACGGACAGCAGUGCUUCUGGACAGUGUGGAGAAGCUGCAUGUUAUAGAUCGUCAGACACAGGAGGAGCUGGAGACCAUAGAGAUCUCAGAAGUUCAGCUAGUGUACAACAGCAGCCACUUCAAAUCCCUGGCUACGGGAGGCAAUGUCAGCGAAGCCCUGGCACUGGUUGGAGAGAAAGCAUGUUACCAGUCCAUCAGCAGCUGCGGUGGUCAGAUCUUUUACCUUGGAACUAAGUCAGUUCAUGUCAUGACAUUGAGAAGCUGGAGAGAGAGGGUUGACCACCUUCUGAAACAAGAGCGUCUCACUGAUGCCCUGGCUCUAGCUUGGUCUUUUUAUGAAGGCAAAGCAAAAGCUGUAGUAGGCUUGUCUGGGGACACAAGCAAGCGGAAAGCAGUCAUUGCAGACAGGAUGGUUGAAAUCCUCCUCCAUUAUGCUGAUCGAACUUUGAAGAAAUGUCCUGACCAAGGAAAAAUCCAAGUUAUGGAGCAACAUUUUCAGGACGUGGUGCCUGUCAUAGCUGAUUACUGCCUCUUACUCCAGCGCACGGAUUUAUUAUUUAACCAGAUAUAUGAUAAGAUGAGUGAGAAUUCUGUAGCUAAAGGCAUCUUUCUGGAGUGCUUGGAGCCAUAUAUCUUAAGUGAUAAGCUGAUGGGAAUCACACCUCAAGUGAUGAAAGACUUGCUGCUUCACUUCCAAGACAAGAAUAGGCUGGAAAAUUUGGAAGCCUGCAUUGUGCAUAUGGAUAUCACCAGCUUGGACAUACAGCAGGUAGUUCUUCUAUGCUGGGAAAACCAUCUCUAUGAUGCCAUGAUCUAUGUCUACAACAGUGGGAUGAAUGACUUCAUCAGUCCCAUGGAGAAGCUGUUCAAAGUCAUUGCUCCUCCACUGAAUGCUGGGAAGUCUCUCACAGAUGAGCAGGUGGUAAUGGGCAACAAGCUGCUUGUAUAUAUAAGCUGCUGCUUGGCAGGCCGUGCAUAUCCAUUGGGUGAUAUUCCUGAAGAUCUGGUACCUUUGGUUAAAAAUCAGGUCUUUGAAUUUCUCAUCCGGCUGCAUUCAACUGAGGGAUCUGUGGAUGAAGAGGUCUACCCUUAUGUUCGUACCUUGCUGCAUUUCGACACUCGAGAAUUCCUUAACGUUCUAGCUCUGACUUUUGAAGACUUUAAGAAUGACAAGCAAGCUGUGGAAUAUCAACAGAGAAUUGUGGACAUACUUCUGAAAGUCAUGGUGGAGAAUUCUGACUUCACCCCAUCACAAGUUGGCUGUCUCUUCACCUUCCUUGCCCGUCAGCUUGCCAAGCCCAACAACACAUUGUUUGUGAACAGGACACUUUUUGACCAGGUCCUUGAAUUUCUGUGCAGUCCGGAUGAUGACUCCCGCCAUUCGGAGAGGCAGCAGGUCCUUUUAGAAUUGCUCCAGGCAGGAGGGAUAGUACAGUUUGAAGAGAGCCGUCUUAUCCAAAUGGCAGAAAAAGCUGAAUUCUAUCAGAUUUGCGAGUUCAUGUAUGAACGAGAGCUUCGCUAUGACAAAAUAAUUGACUGUUACCUGCGUGAUCCAGUGAGAAAAGAAGAAGUUUUCAACUAUAUUCACAAUAUCCUGUCCAUGCCUGGCUACAGCACUGAAGAAAAGCAGUCAGUGUGGCAGAAAGCUUUGGAACACAUAGAG